AUGCCCGUUAAAUACCUGGUAAGGAUCUUCAUUUCUAUUUUCACUAUCUUCGGAUCCCCAUUCAAUUGCUCAUUCAUGAUUUUCACUAGCUGUUCGCAAUACGGUUUCUGUGGUACCACGGCCGAAUUCUGUGGUAAGGGCUGUCAGUCCAAUUGCGUGGAACAUCCCAAGCCUUCGGGAAAGACUGGAAAGACCUUGAACAGAGUCAUUGGGUACUGGGAAGCCUGGAAUGAUCGCUCAACUUGCCACAAGACUUCGGCAUCUGACCUUCCACUUGAUGCUCUGACGCACGUCAACUAUGCAUUCGCAUAUAUCGAUCCGUCGACCUUCCAGAUCACUACCAUGGAUGUGGCCACUGCAAUCUCUACGUUUGAUGACAUUGGGGCCAUCAAGGUGACCAAUCCAGAUAUUCAGAUAUUUGUGAGCCUGGGAGGUUGGACCUUUUCAGACAAUGACACCGUCACACAGCCUGUGUUUGGCAACAUAGCUGGAAAUGCUGCUAACCGCCAGAAAUUUGCGACCAACUUAUUGAGCUUCCUUACAGCAUAUGGAUUUGAUGGAGUGGACUUGGACUGGGAAUAUCCCGGUGCUCCUGACCGGGGCGGCAAGAAAGACGACACAAAGAACUACGUCGAGCUGUGUAAAACUUUGCGAGAAACAUUUGACAAGUCUGGCCGAACAUUGGGGAUAACAUUCACUGCGCCGUCAUCUUUUUGGUACUUACGCUGGUUCGAUCUUCCUGGGAUGAUGAAAUAUGUCGACUGGCUCAAUUUUAUGACAUACGAUUUGCAUGGUGUCUGGGAUAGUACUAACCCAAUCAGCGGAUCCAUUGUGCAAGGCCACACAAACCUAACAGAGAUCAAACUGGCCACUGAACUUCUAUGGAGAGUUGGCCUCUCCCCGUCUCAAGUUGCCCUAGGGUUUGGAUUCUAUGGCAGAAGCUUCACUCUGGCGGAUCCCAGCUGCACGAAACCUGGUUGCCCGUUUAGCGGUGGUGGUGCAAAGGGAGUUUGCACUGGUACUAGUGGAUGUGAAGACUUCCAGGUAAUACAUGACAAAGAAGCAGCUGUGAAAUAUUUCUCCUGGGACAAAAACCAGUGGAUUUCGUUUGACGAUGAGGAGACGUUCAAGCAGAAGGUUGAUUGGGGCAAUGACAUUGGCUUCGGAGGUUCUCUAAUCUGGGCUUCAGAUCUUGGUUUUCAAUUUUUGGGCCAAGGAUGCUAUGUCUUCAGCAUCACACAGGAUGAUAUCAACCAGUAUGCCUGUGAUAGGGGAUAUGAGAGGGUCGGUGAGGUCAAAAUAGCAGGUUCUAGCUGGGGAGGCAAGCCUGGUGAGUCUGGUACCGGCCGGUGCAGCCGCGGAGGCAAGGCCUUCUGCUGCGAUGUCGGGAUAGAGGCGCUCACUGAUGACUGCUACUGGACCGAAUGCGGUGCAUCUUGCAAGGGCGACGAUGCAAAAGUCGCACAUGCCUACGACAAAGACGGCAAAUGCCUCUACGAUACAGGACUGAAGAGGGGGGAGGGACAUGAUCUAGACAAACGGUAUGAGCGUUAUCUUGGUGGCAACACUUAUUGCUGCAAGAAAGAUCGAAUAGCGUUCAAUAGGUGCAAUUGGGUUGGAAAGGGAGACUGCGCCGACAAUACCUGUGACCGAACGGAAGUUACUCUGCUGACGAACCCAUACGGAGACUCAAGCACAUCCUGCAACUGGUGGCGGUCAAAGGCUCUGUGUUGCCAGCCCAACCAGGACACGCUCCAGACACUAGACUGCGAUGCCGACCUCUGCGCAGACAACCAAGCUGCCUGUGAUGACGAGGCAGGUUAUGAUGACAGUGAUGGCUUUGGUAGCGUAACCAAGCGAUCAUAUAUAUCCAGCGAUGGCCGAAGAUGGAACAGCUAUAGUAGCAGCUUGCACCUUCUCGAAGACAGGGCGAAGACGCGCCCUGGUGACCGACGCAAGAUGAUAUUGAAUAUCCCGAAGGUCGUCGGAUCUAGCAUAUAUGGUGUGCUCAAUUUGGAAAGCAUCCAAUAUCCACCAGGCGCAAAGAUGUUCUCUGGCGACGGGGCCUCGACUGUACCUAUCAAAGGAGGAUUUGCCAUGGCAAGCGAUCUCUGCGACUCGAUCAGCGUCAAGUUCAUUGCCUUCAAAGAUCUCCCGAGCAAAGGCUUCAAUGCCGAACAUAUGCAGGAGAUCAAAAUGGUUCCCCAGUGGCUGACCACCGCGUUGACGGGAGUGCUGCCGUCGGGGAAGAAAAUGCAGGCGGCCGUGAUAGACCCGCAGAAACUCAUUGACCUUUGGAACAAGGACUAUUCUGUGUCACUACCUAAAAUAGGAGUCGAGGUCAAUGACGUGAAAAAUUUGAUCGACCCCAUUACACCUAACGACCGAAUAUUCACCAUCAUCGGUGCGUUCGCAUACCGAAUCGGAAUGACCUUUAUCCCGGCAGACAUGAACCUCAUCAAACGCGACAUAUUGGGCGGCAAUAACCCGCAGGCAAUUGGUAAAUUCAACAAAAACCUCAAAGCCGUGGUCAACAGUGGAGAUAUGGAUGCGGCCAAAAUGAUCAUUGGUCCCCUUCAGAAGACAUUCGGCGUAUUCAAUAUCCUUAACGACGCGUAUCUGGCCGAUUACUUUGACCAGGCCCGCGGGGAUUUCUUAAAAGAGGUCCAGCACAUGCACGACCACAUGCCUGGACUCGAGCCUCUGUUGCCCAUUUGGAUCGAAUUCGAGAAAGAUUACUACGAAACGGCCGCCACUUUCGCCCAAAACUUUAUACUGACUAGGACCUCCUUGAUCGCGGGGAAGUUCUUGGGCGUCCCUACUGGGGCAUUGACUCCAGCCGCCGCAAAAUUGACGUACGAGGCUGCCAAGCUGGCCACUCAGGUAGCUAAGCUCAAGUUCCAGAAGAAGAACUAG